CCAGAACUGGGCCGAGUCCCUUGCAUGGACCUUCCCCGGCAGAGAGAGACCCUGGCUCCCGGCAUCGCCUGCCCUGAGCAGGGGCCCCUCGGCAUGCUGUGCGGGGCGCAGGGGGAGGCCGGGGGCAGUGCACUCUGCAGGGAACAGGUGAGCAAGACGGAACCGGAGGAGGAGGAGGCUGGCUCCUGCUCGCUGCCCGAAGAGAAGCCCUUUCUGUGCUCUGACUGCGGGAAGGCCUUUGCCUGGAGGAAGAAUUUGGCUUCCCACCAGCGGCUCCAUGCGGAGGGCGGGCGCCCUUUUUCUUGCGCCGAGUGCGGGAGGGGCUUCAGCGAUAAGCGCCACCUGACAGCGCACUUGCGUGGGCACAUGGGCCUUCUGCCGUACGCUUGCCCACACUGCGAGAGAAGCUUUGCACACCGGGCCGGCCUGGCGGCCCACCAGUGCGGGGGCCACGUCGGGCAGCGCCCCUUUGCCUGCGGGGAAUGCGGCCGUUGCUUCGCCCACAAGCGGCACCUGCAGAGACAUCGGCGCAACCAGCACUCAGCCGAGCGCCCCUUCUCCUGUGCGCAGUGUGGCCGCACCUUCAGCACCCGGGCCAGCUUACUGGCGCAUGUCAAAUCCCACGCCGGACAGCGCCCCUUCGCCUGCCCGCUGUGCGGCCGGGCGUUCAGCCGGAAGUCACACCUGGCCCGGCACGAAGCCGUGCACACGGGCCUCCGCCCUCAUGCCUGCUCCCAGUGCCCGCGGCGCUUCAGCUCCAAGACCAAUUUGGUGCGGCACCAAGCCGUGCACACUGGCCUGCGCCCGUACAUCUGCACCCACUGUGCCCGGAGCUUCAGCCGCAAAACGCACCUCUUGCGCCACGAGCGCACCCACACCAGCACCCCCGUGGCCAGUGCUCCCGGGUGGCCCCCUGCCCUGCCACAAAUUGCUUUGCCUCAGCCGCCGAUGCCACCGGAACAGCCCCUCAUCUUCCCCAUCGCUUUUGAGCCGGCCUGGCAGUGACGGGAGGGACCCCGGUGUGUGCCGUGGGCUAAAAUGCAGGUCUGUGUGAGCCAAAUUCCAGACAAAGACAACAACCGCCCCCUCCACCCCACAAUUCUAUGCCAAGGAAAAUUUGUGGCCUGCAGGGACUAUGAACCCAAUUUACAUAGAUCUGCCUAUUUUGCAUAAUUCUGGUGGUUAUGGCCUUUGUCUAAGGCAAUGUAAUUAAACUGAGGGAAACUAUUGUUUGAUGGAGA